AUGCAGCAAUCGGCAAGGAAAGAAGAGAACGGAGCGAUUAGAAGACAAACAGUGGACAGCUUGAGUUGCAAGUCAGCUUUGCUGUUGUCUGUUGUAUGUUGUAUCGCACUGAUUCACGUGGAACUCAGAAUACAAGAACAUUAUCGACUGAUAUCAUCUUCAGUAACAUACUGUGGCCAGAUGGAGAAACUCAUUCUUCAAAAAAUUCAGCAGAAUAACAAAGUUUGGCAAAUUACGAAAGGCAGCCAUUUAGCGGGUCAAAGAGAGCAGACAACGGGUAAGUUUGUAAAGGAUAUCCAUGAUCAGGUUAUGUUUGAGCCAAAAGGAGCAGUUAUGCCCCAAUUUUUUUUUUGAACCAAUGUGUCUAAUGUGUCAUGGAACGCGAAUAAUUUAAGUAACUAUAAAAUACAACCAAAAUUAUUUCACGGAGAGAAAGCAAUCUUUAGUGGACAAUUCCAUAUUUUUACGUUUUCAUUUGUUAACUUUAUUUUGCUUUUUUUUGGCUAUUUUUCAAGGCCCCGAAGUCAUCAACUCAAGACGAAAGCAUGCAUCGCCUGUUAAAUCACAACAGAAACCGCACAAACAACCUCCAAUGUAAAAAUGAUGAUUAAAGAAGAGCUGCGACUGUUACAGAACCAAAUCUGUGCUAAAGAUGAAACGCUUUGCCGCUCAGGACCAAAAGGUAGCACGGGACGACGAGGAAGGCCUGGUAUCCGAGGAAGACCAGGUCCCCCAGGAAGACCCGGGCCUGAGGGGCCUCCUGGUAAACAUGGACCAGUUGGACCACAAGGACCAUUAAGUAUAAAGAGGGAUCUCGGACUUUCGGGGGACCCUGGUCCCGUGGGGCCUCGAGGUCCACCAGGUGAGAAAGGCACAAAAGGUGAGCCGGGCCAGUCCAUCUCGGCUCCAACUCUGCUGCAGCGUCCUGUUGAAACCACAGUCAAUGAAAGUCAGACAGCCAUCUUAAAAUGUACAGCCGACGGUAAUCCAACACCACUAGUCACAUGGUCGAAAAUGAAUUCUUCGCUUCCCGCGGGACGUCACGUGGAAGGGUCCAGUGGUGCUCUCAUUGCCACAAACGUUAGACGUGGGGAGACGAUGGUGUUUACAGCUGCAGCGCUGAAAACUUGUUGGGACGCGUCAACGCGUCUGCGAAACUUACAGUUCAAUGUAAGUUGA